AUGACAAUAGAGAUAAUCAUGAUUAUUCGGCAUAUUUAUUAUUCAUUGUUCAUGUUAAUACAAAUAUAUACAUUAUUUAAACAAAUUUCCAGUUGUCCUAUUCCAUUUAAUAUUCAAUCAAAAUGUCGAUGUGCUAUAACUGAAACAGGUCGUGUUUAUAUUUAUUGUGCACGAAAACAAUUAACUGUUGUACCACAUUUUGAUAAUAGCAAUAUUAUUUUCGAUGAACUAGUUCUAUCCGGUAAUCGAAUAUCUAUUGUACAUAAAAAUGCUUUUAAUGGUUUAAAAUUACGUAAACUUGAAUUUCAAUCAAAUCCAAUAAAUUUAAUUGAAAUUAAUGCUUUUAUUGAUUUAUCAAAUUAUUUAGAAGAACUUAUUUUAUCAACAACAAUAUUAUCAUCAUCAUCAUCAGAAUUAAAAACAAAUACAUUUCUACAAAUAUUAUCUGAAUUACCAAAUUUAAAACGUUUAUUUUUACGUUCAUUUGAUUUAUCAAAUUCAUUUAAUUUUACAAAUAAAAAAUUAAUUUUAACAUCAAAAAAAUUAACUCAAUUAUCAUUACAAUUAUGUUCAAUUAAACAAAUUAAUGAUAUUGAUACAUUUAUUAAUUUAUUUCCAAAUUUAGAACGUUUAGAUUUAUCUGAAAAUCGUUUUGAAUAUUUUAAUAUUCCAUUAAUAUUAUCAUUGAAAAAAUUAAAAAUUUUAAUUUUAAGUAAAAAUAAAAUUCAUCAUUUAAAUAUUCAAUCAUCAAUAUCAUCAUUAACAUUUCAUCCAUCAAAUUCAUUAAUUGAACUUGAUUUAUCUUAUAACGGUAUUGAAACUAUAGAUGAACAUAUAUUUGAAUUAAUAUCUUCACAACUUGAAAUAUUAAAUUUACGUAAUAAUGAAUUAGUAACUGAAAAACAUUUAACAUUUCUUAUUCAUUUAUAUCAUUUACGUGAAUUUUAUUUUGAUUAUAAUCGUCUUGAAUCAAUUAAUCAAUUAUAUUUACCAUUAAAUUUAAAAUUAUUAUCAUUAAAAAAUAAUCGUUUAAAUUAUAUUAAUUUAUCUAUAUUAACACGUCUUGGACAUUUAGAAAAAUUAUAUUUAUCAUCAAAUAAAUUAACACAAUGGUCAUCAACAAUAAAUAAUAUAUUUCCAUCAUUAGAAAUUCUUGAACUUGAUCGAAAUUAUUUAUCAAUUAUAUCAUCAUUAAAUGCACCAAAAUUAAAACAAUUAAAUUUAGAUGAAAAUCAUUUAGGAAAUAAAAUAGAUAAAAAAAUUUUUUCAAAUUUACCAUCUCUUGAAAGACUUCAAUUACGUGAUAAUCAAAUUGAAAUUAUUGAUACAAAUGCAUUUCGAUAUACUCGUUUACAAUCACUUGAUUUAACAAAUAAUAGUUUAACAAUAAUUCCUCUUUUAAAUCAUCUUAAUGAAACAUUACAAAUUUUAUCUCUUCGACUUAAUCGAAUACAUACAAUUGAUUCAUUGACAAUAAAUUAUUAUCAAAUACUUCAUACACUUGAACUUGAUCAAAAUCCAUUAGAUUGUAAUUGUCAAUUAAAUAAAAAUAUUCAAGAUUUAUUUCGUUUAAAAAUAAAAAUAACUGGUCAAUGUCAAACAUCAUCUGAACAUGGAAAUAUAAAUCUUAUUGAUUUAUCUGAUGAACUAUUAUCAUGUCAUUUAAUAAAUUUAUCUCAAAAUAAAUUUUUAACAAAAAUUGAACAAAAAUUAACAACAUUAACGACUAAUACAACUACAUUAAAGACAACGAGAGCGAAUAUAGUUGAAGAACUUGUUGAAAAUUCUCUUGAACAACAACAACAACAAUUUUCUUUACCAACAACAACAACAACAACAACUGAAGAACAAAUAUUAGAACGAAUUCGUAUAUCUGAUUUAAUAAUAACACCAAUAAAUGAUAAAUCUCAAUUA